AUGGAUCUUGAGAGCCCUUUGACAAUGGCUGAACUUUCGAGAGCUGUCCAGGAGUUGAAUCCUGGAAAGUCACCUGGUUUGGAUGGUCUUCCAUCCGAGUUUUAUAAAGCUUUCUGGAACUUCAUUGGCCAGGAUGUGUACGAUGUUUUGGCGGAAAGCAUUGAAAGAGAGACCCUUCCUCUAAGCUACAUCAACGAGUGUGAGAUCGGGGCUCAUAACUGCGACCGGCACGCGACCUGCACGAACACGGCUGGAAGCUUCAGGUGCAGCUGCGCUCCGGGAUGGAUCGGGAACGGGAUCAAGUGCAAAGAUCUGGACGAGUGUUCGAACGGGACGCACCUGUGCAGCUCCAGCGCUGACUGCAUGAACACCAUGGGCUCCUACCGCUGCCUGUGCAAAGAGGGCUUCACCGGAGACGGCUUCUACUGCACCGACACGGAUGAGUGUGCUGAGAACGUGAAUCUGUGUGAGAGCGGCCACUGUCUGAACGCCGCUGGUGGAUAUCGCUGUGAGUGUGACAUGGGCUUCAUCCCCACUGCAGACGGCAGAGCAUGUGAAGACAUAGACGAGUGCACGUUUGCUGACAUCUGUGUGAACGGACGCUGUCGCAAUAUUCCCGGUCUCUUCCGGUGUGUGUGUGACCCCGGCUAUGAGCUGGACCGGAGCGGGGGAAACUGCACGGAUGUGAACGAGUGUUUGAACCCGACCACCUGCAUCAGUGGGCUGUGCCUGAACACAGCGGGCAGUUACAUCUGCAGCUGCCCUGCGGACUUCGAGCUCAACCCCACGGGAGUCGGCUGCGUCGACACUCGCUCUGGAACCUGCUUCCUGGAGGUCCACAGUCGGGGUGACGGCUCGGACAGUCUGAGCUGCUCCACUGAGAUCGGCGUCGGCGUGUCCAAAGCGUCCUGUUGCUGUUCCCUGGGUCAGGCCUGGGGGUCACCCUGCGAGACCUGCCCACUGCUCAACUCCUCCGAGUACAAGAUUCUGUGUCCCGGAGGAGAAGGAUUCCGACCCAAUCCGAUCACGGUGAUACUAGAGGAUAUCAACGAGUGUCAGGAGCUGCCUGGUCUGUGUCAGGGAGGAAACUGCAUCAACACGUUUGGCAGUUUUCACUGUGAAUGUCCGAAAGGUUUCGAACUCAACGGAGACACCCGUAUCUGUGAAGAUGUGGAUGAGUGUGAGCGGCCUGGCAUCUGUGGUCCGGGUCAGUGUUACAACACUAUUGGAAACUACACCUGCAUCUGCCCACCGGAGUACAUGCAGAUCAACGGGGGAAACAACUGCAUGGACAUGCGGAAGAGCUUGUGUUACAGGAACUACUACUCUGAUAACGCCACCUGUGAUGGAGAACUCACCUUCAACAUGACCAAGAAGUUCUGCUGCUGCUCGUACAACAUCGGCCGGGCCUGGAACAAACCCUGCGAGCGCUGUCCCGUUCCCAGCACCAAUGAGUUCGCUGUGCUGUGUGGAAGUGAGAGACCGGGAUAUUUCAUUGACAUCUACACUGGACGAGUCAUUGACAUCGACGAGUGCCGUGAGAUCCCUGGCCUGUGUGCUAACGGCGUGUGUAUCAACAUUGUCGGCAGUUUCCGCUGUGAAUGUCCGAUGGGUUUCGUUUAUAAUGACAAGCUGCUGAUCUGUGAGGAUAUUGACGAGUGUCAGAACGGUCCGGUGUGUCAGCAGAACGCCGUCUGUCUGAACGUUCCUGGAAGUUUCCGUUGUGAGUGUAAACCUGGAUACCGGCAAACUCCCACCCAGCAGUGUGUCGAUCGUAACGAGUGUGCUGAGAAUCCAAACAUCUGCAGUCCGGGUCAGUGUAUCGACACGGUGGGUAGUUACCGCUGCCUCUGCCCCAACGGCUUCACAUCCACCCCAGACCUGUGUAUUGAUGUGGACGAGUGCGAGCGUCAGCCGUGUGGAAAUGGAACCUGUAAGAACACUGUGGGCUCCUACAACUGCUUGUGUUACCCAGGAUUCCAGCUGUCACACAACAGCGAUUGCAUCGACACGGACGAGUGCACGGCGCUCCGGGGCUUGUGUCGCAAUGGAAACUGCAUCAACACGGUGGGCUCGUUUGUGUGUGUGUGUCUGGACGGGUAUAAACUCUCUCCUGACGGCCGGAUGUGUGUGGACAUUAACGAGUGUGUGAUCAGCCCUGGCACCUGCGGCCCCGGGACGUGCCAGAACCUGGACGGCUCCUACAGGUGCAUCUGCCCGUCGGGAUACUUCCUGCAGAACGACCGCUGUGAAGAUAUUGACGAAUGCUCUCAGACUCCCGAGAUCUGCAUCUUUGGGAAGUGUGUGAACACGGCCGGCAGCUUCCGGUGCGAUUGUCCCGAGGGCUUCCAGCUGUCCUCGUCCGGGAAGAGAUGUGUGGAUAUUCGUGUGAAUUACUGUUACACUAAGUUUGAGAACGGACGCUGUCUGUCCCCGAAGCCGCUCAACACGACGAAAGGAUCCUGUUGCUGCAGCGCCAUGCCGGGCCAGGGGUGGGGGGACCCGUGUGAGAUCUGCCCCUCCACUGAGGACGAGACGUAUAAAGCGCUGUGCUCCACCAUGGGAAAGACCCUCACUAUAAACGAGGAGGCUGUAGAUGUGGACGAGUGUGCGGAGAACCCCGGCAUCUGCAGGAACGGCCACUGCAUCAACACGGACGGGACGUUCCGCUGCGAAUGCCCCUUCGGAUACCGGCUCGACUUCACCGGGAUCAACUGCGAAGACACGAACGAGUGUGAGCUGGGGAACCCGUGUGGGAACGGCACCUGCACAAACGUGGAGGGAGCGUUCGAGUGCAGCUGCGACGAGGGCUUCGAGCCCGGACCCAUGAUGACCUGUGAAGAUGUAAACGAGUGUUCCCAGAAUGCUCUGCUGUGUGCAUUCCGCUGUGUCAACACGGUGGGGUCGUAUGAAUGCAGAUGUCCAGCGGGAUACGUGCUGAGAGAAGACCGGCGGAUGUGCAAAGACCAGAACGAGUGUGAGGACGGGCUGGACGACUGCGCCUCCAGAGGGAUGACCUGUAAGAAUCUGAUCGGCACGUACAUGUGCAUCUGCUCGCCGGGAUACACCAGACCGCCCAAUGGAGACAGCUGCGUGGAUCUGAACGAAUGCACGGCCAAGCCUGGCAUCUGUGAGAACGGGCGCUGCGAGAACACAGUGGGGAGUUACCGGUGCGUCUGUGAUCAGGGCUUCAGCCCCAGUCCCAGCAGAACCGACUGCAUCGAUAACCGUCAGGGCUUCUGCUUCCUGGAGGUUCUCCAGACCAUGUGUCAGAUGAGUUCCAGCAGUCGGGUCAGCGUUAGGAAGUCCGAGUGCUGUUGUGACGGGGGCCGAGGCUGGGGGCCAAACUGUGAGAUCUGCCCUUUACCCGGAACCACACACUACAGGAAGAUGUGUCCACUGGGACACGGAUACACCACUGACGGCCAGGAUAUUGACGAGUGUAAGGUGAUGGGGAACCUGUGUAAGAACGGUCAGUGUUUGAACACGCUCGGCUCCUUCAGCUGCGUCUGUAAACCCGGAUACACCACUGACAUCACGAGCACGCAGUGUGUGGAUGUGGACGAGUGUGUUCAGGCUCCGAAACCCUGUAACUUCAUCUGUAAGAACACAGAGGGCGGGUACCUGUGCUCCUGCCCACGAGGAUACCUGUUACAGGACGACUCCAAGAGCUGCCGGGAUCUGGACGAAUGCUCCACCAAACAGCACAACUGUCAGUUCCUGUGUGUGAACACGAUUGGAGGAUUCACCUGCAAAUGCCCUCCAGGAUUCACACAACACCACACGGCCUGCAUCGAUAAUAACGAAUGCACCUCUGAGCCGGGUCUCUGUGGCCCGAACGGAGUGUGUCAGAACAGCCCCGGCAGCUUCAACUGUGAUUGUCAGAGAGGAUUCUCCCUCGACCCCAAUGGACAGCACUGUGAAGACAUGGACGAGUGUGACGGGAACCAUCGCUGUCAGCACGGCUGUCAGAAUCUGGUGGGCGGCUACAGAUGCAGCUGUCCUCAGGGAUACUUACAGCACUACCAGUGGAACCAGUGCGUCGAUGAGAACGAGUGCCAGAACAGUCAGAUAUGUGGCGGCGCCUCGUGCCACAACACACUGGGCAGUUUCCGCUGCUUGUGUCCCGCGGGCUUCUCCUUCGAGCAGAUGCUGGGCGGCUGUCAGGACGUCAACGAGUGCAACUCCCAGAACCCCUGCAGUUACGGCUGCUCCAACACUGAUGGAGGAUACCUGUGUGGCUGCCCACCUGGAUACCUGAGAGCGGGACAGGGUCACUGUCUCUCUGGAGCGGGUCUGUCUCCUCAGACUCCCUCAUCCGACGCCGACGAGAACUCGCUCUCUCCCGAGGCCUGUUACGAGUGUAAGAUCAACGGAUAUCCAAAGAAGGGCCGCAAACGCAGGGACGCCAACGCAACCGAGGAGCUCCAGAACGAUUUGGACUCAGCUAGUGUGGACGUGGACGACACACUCCAUCUCCAUCUGAACAUGAGCACGCUGAAGAGCAAAGACCACAUCAUCGAGUUCGUCCCGGCGCUGUCGACGCUCAGCGAUCACGUGCGCUACGCCAUCGAGUACGGCAACGACGACGGCCUGUUCCUGAUGAACCAGAAGCACGGCGUCAGCUACCUGCACAUAUCCAAGAAGAAGCCUCUCCAGCCGGGUGUGUAUUCUCUGCAGAUCCGCAGCGUGGGCCGGGCCGGCGGACUCGAGCCGGGGGACUCGGACUACCUCAGCGCGCAGCUGGGACACGCUCUGCUCAUGCGAGUUCAGAUCGUCCUGCACUGAUCCAGCAAACGCACAGACUGCCGCCCACAGCUACGGCCAAAGACCAGCACCUUCCUCUCCACUAGCGCUGCGCGAUUAAUCGCAAUGAAACCGCACGCGAUUUGGCAAAGGCUGCGAUUAUUUUAUGCACGACUGAUCGGUAGUAAACGCUGCUCCAUCUGAACACCAGAGGGCGUCUCACACACACACACACACAUGCCAAAUAUGCCCCGCAGAAGUACA